CAUUUUGUUUGUUGUGCUUGUGGUUUUGUCAAAAAUUAGAAACACGUGUAAAUUACAAUUUUAAUUUUAAAUAAAAUUCAUAUUGUAUAAGCAGUAUAGUGUCGUGUCAUGUAUUUAGUUCAGUAAAGAUUUCGUUAUUAAAUCAUGACCAGGUUUGCUAGGGCAAAGGGCUCUAAAGCCUCUAACCUAAAAAGUCCUGAAGAUAGUACACCAUGGGAGGUAAUGAAAGAGCAGAUGUUAAAAGCAAAAAAAGAUAAUGAAGAGAACAAAAAUCGAGAAGAGGCAGAACAACAAAGAAUUGAAAAUUACAAUAACUUUCUCAAAGAACAAAAAACUCAAAAACGAAAGGCUACAUGGUGCGACUUUCCAGAAGAUGAAACCAACAAUAAAAUAAAGUUGAGUCCGAACCAAGCUUCUAGUGAAAAUGUUGUGAAGAAAAAGAAAUUCAAUAAGCAAAGUACAGUGUCUAACUCUCAAGUGGUUACAGAAAAUGGUGGAGAUAGUGACAAUAAACAAGAAAUAAUCAAACCUAUUAAAAAUAACAAAAAUAAAAAGAAAAAAGCCAAUAAACUUCAAAACAAUAUUGAAACUUCUCAAGAAAUAAUUAAUCCUCCAGGAGACUAUAAUGAAUCAAAUGAACAAAGUCAGACACAGACACCACAAUCUCAACAAAAGAAUAAAAAGAAGAGGAACAAGAAAAAAAAGCAACCUACAGAAAUAAAACAUGAUGUACAAAUUAAAGUAAAUAACUCUGAGAAAAAUAUAAAUAAACCAGAACAUGAGGACAACCAACAUGUAAAGAAUAAAAAAAAGAAAAAAAAACAACAGGUUUCUGAACCAAAAGUAAACACAAAUGAUAAUGAGACAGUAAAUGAAGCAGAACAACAAGAAAGCAAUGUCAGUCAACCUUCACCUUCAAAGAUAAAAAAGGUAAAGAAAGAUCGUAGGAAACCAGUUGAUGACAAAAGUUUUAAGCUUAUAAUAAAUGCUAAAGAGGUGCACUUAGUUAGAUUUGAUGGAUUCCCUAUUAUGAAAAAAGAUGCUGAAAGACUUGAGGAAUUAAAAAAAAGUAUGAUUCAGAAGGGUAUACCAAAAAGUGAGGUUCAGAGGACAAUGAAAUUAGAGAGACGAAGAGCUGAGAAAGCACUUGCGAGACUAAAGAGGGAAGUUUGCUAUAACUGCAGGAAAGGUGGUCAUAAUUUGUCUGAUUGUCCAGAUUUGAAGGCUAACAUACCUGGUGCAGGCACUGCCGAGGGUGUAUGCUUCAAAUGUGGCUCCACAGAGCAUAGACAGUUUGAGUGCAAAGUGCAGAGGGAUAAGGAGUUUAGAUUUGCUACUUGUUUCAUUUGUAAGGAAGCUGGUCAUAUAGCUAGACAAUGUCCAGAUAAUCCAAAAGGCCUGUAUCCAAAUGGUGGAAGCUGUAAACUUUGCGGAGAUGUUACCCACUUGAGAAAGGACUGUCCAACUGUAAAAGAUGAAAAGGAAGGAACAACUAUUAAAUUACAAACGUUGAAUGACGACAAUAUUGAAGACAUAGGUCAAAAUGUUAAGCAACCAUCUCAGGAACCAGUUUCUAAGAAACCCAAGAAAGUAAAAUUUUAAGUAAUUUAAUGUAAAAUAAAACAUUUCAACAUUAAUAUAA